AUGAUAUUCUCCGAGUAUCCGCGUAUCGAUCGUGAAACUUUACUACCCAUUGCAAAAAAUAUUGCAGGAUCAGAUAAUUCUUGUUGGUAUCCACCUGGUCAUGGUGAUAUUUAUCAAUCAUUCUAUCAAUCUGGUUUACUUGAUGUAUUUAUUGAACAAGGAAAAGAAUAUAUGUUUAUAAGUAAUAUUGACAAUCUUGGAGCGACUGUUGAUUUAAAUAUUCUUAAUUAUUUAAUAAAUAAUCAAACUAAACAUGAAUUUAUCAUGGAAGUAACCGAUAAAACACGAGCUGAUGUUAAAGUAAGAACAAUAACAUGUUUUCAAAUCUUCAAAGUUCUGUUUUUUGUUUCUAAUGAUGAACAGGGUGGUACCUUAAUUGAAUAUAACGGAAAAUUACGGUUACUUGAAAUUGCUCAAGUACCAAAAGAACAUGUUGAUGAGUUUAAAAGUAUCAGUAAAUUUCGAAUUUUUAAUACAAACAAUUUAUGGAUAAAUCUUGCAGCUAUUAAGCGUAUUCUUGAAGAAGAAACAUUAGAGAUGGAAAUAAUCGUUAAUCAUAAAACCAUGGAUAAUGGUCUUAAUAUUAUUCAAUUAGAAACAGCUAGUGGUGCUGCAAUACAGAGUUUUGAAGGAGCACAAGGUAUUAAUGUUCCACGUCGUCGUUUUCUUCCAGUUAAAACAACAUCAGAUCUUUUAUUGGUUAUGUCAAAUUUAUUUACACUUAAUCGUGGUAACUUAGUUAUGAAUGCACAACGUUCAUUUCCUUCAGUACCAUUGGUUAAACUUGCACCUAGUUUUUCUAAAGUUAAAGAUUUUUUAUCGCGAUUUCAAAGUAUACCAAAUUGCCUUGAACUUGAUAGUCUGACGGUAUCAGGUGAUGUUACAUUUGGUCAAGGUGUUACAUUACGUGGUACGGUUAUUAUUAUUGCCAAUCAUGGUGAGCGAAUUGAUAUUCCAGCUGGUGCUAUUCUUGAGAAUAAAAUUGUUUCUGGCAAUUUACGUAUUCUUGAGCAUUAA